CAUGCGCAUUGUACUUAACAACAAGUAUACAUCCGGUUGUUAAAAGACAUUAAAAAUUCUCUUGAAUUUGGCUUAUAUCGAUAAUUUUGCCAUCAGACAACCAUGUCUUCCAAACGCCAAGAGCAGGCAAAACUCAUCGAUAAGCUGAGCAAGAAAAAAGACAAAGAUGGGAGCGGUGGUUGUCAUUUUCAAAAGGCAGAGAUUGAGAAACUUUUAUCAAUGUAUAACAAAUAUGUUGAAGGUGCUACCAACAAGAAACUUGACAGAAUGAAGUUUCGAGACAUUCUUCAUAACAUGUUUGGCAUGACAGAUGACAUGUUAAUGGACAGAGUGUUCCGUGCAUUUGACAGAGACAGUGACAACCAUAUUAAUCAAGAUGAAUGGGUUCUUGGACUGUCAGUCUUUUUAAAAGGGGAUAUAGAAGAAUUAACAAAAUAUACAUUUAUGACAUAUGACUUAAAUCAAGAUGGUUACAUCUCGAGAGAAGAAAUGUAUCAGUUACUCAAAAACAGUAUGGUGAAGCAACCAACUGAAGAGGAUCCAGAAGAAGGUAUUAAAGAAUUGGUGGAAAUAUGUGUUAAAAUGAUGGAUCUUGACCAUGACAGCCGUUUAUCAUAUGCAGAUUUCGAACAAGCAAUAAAAGAUGAACCAUUAUUAUUAGAAGCUUUUGGAACAUGUUUGCCAUCACCUAUGAAACGCCAGUGCUUUCUUAACCUUAUAAGUGAUGAAUACAAUCAGAAGUAUUGACCUUUGACCUGAAUCCAGCCUGCUCAUAUUUGUACAAUAUAUUUCAUAAUUCUGCUCAUAAUUAGUUGUCAAAGUAACAAAGAACAUUUUUAUACAAUCAAUGGGCAAUUUUUUUUUUAAUUUUGAUUUAUCGGACAUUUUUCAACUUCAAAUUACUUUUCUCUACUGCCUUUAGUUGUUUUUAUUUUACUCUUUUUAUAUUUAUAUUUUGUUAAUAUAUUGUUGAAACAUUUUUUAAAAACUUGGUGAAAAUGUUUAAUUAAAAAUUUUCAAUCAACUAUGACGUAUGGUUGAACAUGAAUUUGCUUGUUUAUUUUGAAUGUGUAAAAAUAUAAUUUGAAGCUCUAUAUCAUGCAUAUACUAGGGGGAAAAAGAAGCUAUUCAACCUUCAAAUUUUUCAUUAAAUCAUGUGUUUAAUUUAAUUCAUGUACAUUUCCAGAAAUCUGCAUUUAUUCAAGAAUACGUGUAUGUAAAUACUUAAUUCCUCAAUUGGAUUUAAAACAGACAAAAAAAAUCAAGGUAGUUUGUUACAUAUGAAAAUCUUUUAAGAAGGAGGAGGAAAGUAUACCAUAAAAGAAAUGCUUUGCAAAUAUUAUGAAACAAUAUGGUAAUUCUUUCUAGACAUUUUGUUGGUUCAGCUAGAUACUUUUGCCCAGACACAGUAUUUAGGUCGGGCCUCUGACCUUGUAGUUUAGGUUGUUUACUUCAAACAACUUGCCCCUCACUGCUGCAGAGGCUUUCUUGUUUUUGGUUUCAACUUAGUAAGGGUUAUUGGUUAGUUUCUUGUUUUUUUUUUAAUAUUUUGUUUUAAUUAUUAUACUUUUCUUUUAGUUAAAUCUUUUUUUUUCUCUAGAAAAGCUAGUCACAUGUCUGUGAUUAUUGUUCACACAGUCUUUGUUUUAUAGACAUUUGUAAUGUAUACAUGUGGAAUAGUACAGAGGGUGGGAUUAAUGGUGCAAGAGGGCUGAGGGAAUGUUGUUGUAUUAACCCUUUGGCAUGCUGGGAAAAAUGGAAUGCUGCUAAAAAUAUCAUAAAUGGUUACACUAUAUUGUCAUAUCAUCACAACAUGUAUACAAAAUUGAAACAUAUGUUUUGUUAUGACUUGCCAUAAUGUGAUAUUUAUGUUCAAACCUUUGUAAGCAUGUGAUAUUUAUGUUAAAACCUCUGUAAGCAAGUGAUAUUUAUGUUAAAACCUUUGUAAGCAUGUGAUAUUUAUAUAAAAAGCUCUAUAAGCAUGCUUUCAGAUGAUACAUAUCAAACACACAGUUUUUUAUUAAGAAACAAAAGUUUGAAAAUGUUGGUUUUAAGUAACAAUAAUUUGUUAAAUAUUCCAUGAAGGAGAAUUUAAAGUAAUGAAAACUAACAGUUACAGCUUGCCUAUACCAUUGGUAUAGAGUAUGACUGUGUCCUAUGCUUAACUUUUUUCCUGCUGAAAUUUCAAACAGACUUGUCCAGCUUCCAUUUUUUUGGAACUGUCCAUUAUCAAUGCUGGGAUGUCAUGUUGAAAAUUUUAAGUCAGUCAGCCAACAGUAUAGAGUUUGGUAAGACGGCGCCAAUGUGCAGGCUGGCCUGGCUAUAUACUGGUGGCAUGGGCUUAUCACUUUCAGUUCCAGCAAGCUGUCAAAGGGUUAAUGUUAACAAUUAUAUAAAAAAAUCCCCUUAAACCAAAAAUUGACAGUUCCAAAUUCAAAGAAGGAUGAGUCCAUUAUAGAAAUAUAGGAUGUCUUAAAAGUUAAUUUGGUAACAUGAAUGUGUUACUUUAUGCCGUCCUUAUUUAAAAGUAGCCAUUUAUUAUA